CGCUUCCACUACCAGCGAGAGAAAGCCACCGGAGAUGUUCACGAUUCUAUUUUACUUCAUUCAAGCUUCAGCGAAUUUAUUCUAACUUCCGGGUGGUAAAGAUCACAUCAGUGGAGUUUUCUGCGGCGAAUUCGUGAUAAUACUCAAAACUUCUUACAGGUGAUCACAUGUAUACUGGAGUAGGACAACAACAAAUAUUUUAAGUUUGCCAGAUUGAGUUUGGAGUUAUGGAUUGACGACAUUAGACCGGCUAUAUUCAUUUGACAUCAUUUUCACCAGAGUACUAUACAGUGAUACCAGGCAGAGACUGAUCCAGACCACACAAGGCAACUUUACAGUGUAGCCCCUUGGAUGACAAAAGGAUUUCUUGUUUCGAAAGAGAGCUCUCAUAGCUUCCAAAUGCUGCAGUUCUAACUACAUCUGAUUUUCUGUGAGGAUACCAGAUCAUCAAGAUGGUUUCAAUAGGAAGGAGAUGCCUGUUUUCAUUUCUCAUAUCAUCAGCUUUCCUGUUGAGCAUAGCACAUGGAGAUAAUUCAACAACAAUGCAACCAGCUACAACACAAGAUUUAUCAACAGAUAACACUAACACUUUGGAGGCAACAGAUCCUCCAGCUAUUACAGAAAUCAUAACAGAGAUUGUGACAGUAAUUGUUAACAGUACUGCCCUAGUCACAAGUAGUUUGUCAACUUUGCCUUUGGCUCCUUCGACAACAACGGUUGCUUUCUGUACACCUAAUGAUCCUUGUCAGAAUGGAGCAACUUGCAAUGACACUACAAAUAUGUGUGACUGUGUUCCUGAAUACAGAGGUGACACAUGCGAAACCGGUACGUUCCUUAAGAGAUCUAAAAAGCCAGCCAGGUCUGUUCUUGAGGCUAAUCUUGUCAAUGUUGCCAUUGGACUUGGUCAGGACAUGGUUACGUGA